UUACGCAGCCAAUGGGGAGAGCCACAAGGUGGUUGAAGAGCUUGUUUGGCAUAAAGAGAGACAGAGAGCGCAAAGAAAAUUCGAAUUCCGGCACCAAAAAGAGAGAUUCCAGAGGCUUAUGUCAUAAUCCAGCUACCAUACCACCAAACAUUUCACCCGCAGAGGCUGCUUGGCUUCAAUCCUUCUACUCAGAAACAGAGAAGGAACAGAACAAGCACGCCAUUGCAGUAGCUGCAGCCACGGCGGCAGCCGCAGAUGCUGCAGUGGCUGCGGCUCAGGCUGCUGUGGCAGUUGUUAGGCUAACCAGCCGUGGCAGAGACACCAUGUUUGGUGGUGGACGUGAGAGUUUGGCUGCUGUCAAGAUUCAAAUAGUAUUUAAGGGAUACUUGGCAAGGAAGGCAUUGAAAGCCUUAAAAGGAUUGGUGAAGUUACAAGCGCUUGUGAGAGGGUAUUUAGUGAGGAAGCAAGCAACAGCAACUUUGCAUAGUAUGCAGGCUCUUAUUAGAGCUCAAGCAACAGUAAGGUCUCAGAAAUCUCGCGUGCUCAUGACUACAAAGAAUGAAGCAUAUAGGUUUCAGACACAAGCAAGAAGAUCCAUGGAGAGGUUUGAUGACACUAGGAGUGAGAACACUGCUCCAAUACACAGCAGAAGGCUAACAUCCUCUUUUGAUGCCACAAUGACUAACACUAACAGUGUUGAUGGGAGCCCCAAAAUAGUGGAAGUGGACACUGGUAGGCCUAAUAAGUCAAGGUCUCGCAGGAGCAACACUUCAAUGUCAGAUUUUGGCGAUGACCCAUUAUUUCCUCUCCCAAUUCCAUGUCGUACACCUGCUAAUUUAUCCAUACAAGAUCACUGGAAUUUCCAUGAGUCAGAUUGGGGUUUAACAGGGGAAGAAUGCAGGUUCUCUACAGCACAGAGCACUCCACGCUUCACCAAUUCUUGUAGUUGUGGGUCUGUUGCCCCUUCAACACCUAAAAGCGUUUCCACUGAUGACUUCUUACGUGGGCAAUAUGGCAAUUUUCCAAAUUAUAUGGCAAACACUCAGUCUUUCAAGGCCAAAUUGAGGUCUCAUAGUGCUCCAAAGCAACGCCCAGAACCAGGUCCAAAGAAGAGGCUUUCCCUCAAUGAGAUGAUGGAAUCAAGGAGUAGUUUAAGUGGGGUUCGAAUGCAGAGGUCUUGCUCACAGAUUCAGGAAGCCAUUAAUUUUAAGAAUGCUGUGAUGGGUAAGCUUGAGAGGUCCACAGAAUUUGGUAGGGAAACAGACAAAAACUUCUCCAACCAGAUAAAGUGGUGA